AUGGUGCGGAUGGGAGCUUUCCGUUUUCUAGGCGGAAGGGCUCAGUCCCAGGCUGGAACUCUCCUUCUUAAAGACUGUCGCUCUGGAGAAGGGAGGGUUUCCACUGCGGGCUGCCAGCCUCCGCUAGUUUGUCUCAAUGCCAUCGCAGAACGUCGGACCUCGCGGGUGCGCUUUGGCCGGAAGAAGGGAGCUCCUGCCUUGCCCAAUAUAGCCGUCUUGGUCCCCAUCAGUUCUGGCCUUUCCCAGUUCUUUCUCAUGCAGGAGAUGUGGGACUCUGACGGGGCCCUUUCAUUGCUGGCUCCUCACUUGGAGGCACAGUCAGAUCCUUUCCUAAUUAUCCCUUCCUCUCUCCGCCGAAAAGGGUUAAACUUACAACCUCAUUCCCAUGUGCUUCAUACCUCCUUCAUAUUUAGUUGUGAACAAUUAAAUCCCCCCCAGUCCCCUCCACCAAUCAGAUCUGCCUUCUCGCUGCAGUCUUUUCAUGCUUUGCAGAAAUGUUUGUUGUUUGUUGCUGAUAUUGUUCUUGUUCUUCCUUUGCCAGAGAUCCCCCAAUGUGCUGGCUGCAACCAGCACAUCUUGGAUAAGUUCAUCCUGAAAGUCCUUGAUCGACACUGGCACGGCUCCUGCCUCAAGUGUGCAGAUUGCCAGAUGCAGCUGGCAGAACGUUGCUUUUCCAGAUCUGGAAGUGUCUAUUGCAAGGAAGACUUCUUCAAGCGUUUUGGCACAAAAUGCACAGCAUGCCAACAGGGAAUCCCACCCACCCAGGUGGUCAGAAAAGCCCAGGAUUUCGUCUACCACCUGCACUGCUUUGCCUGCAUUAUCUGCAACCGCCAACUUGCCACAGGGGAUGAGUUUUAUCUCAUGGAAGAUGGGCGCCUAGUCUGCAAGGAGGAUUAUGAAACAGCCAAACAGAACGGCAGACUUCUGGCUCAUGCUCCACAUUCUACAAUAACUGGAAACUGUUCCAUUGCAGAUGAUUCAGAGGCUGGAGCCAAGAGGCCUCGAACCACCAUCACAGCUAAACAGUUGGAAACAUUAAAAAAUGCCUAUAAAAACUCCCCCAAACCAGCCAGACAUGUGCGGGAACAGCUGUCCUCCGAGACAGGAUUGGACAUGCGGGUUGUACAGGUCUGGUUUCAAAACAGAAGAGCCAAAGAGAAGCGACUGAAGAAAGAUGCUGGGCGACAUCGUUGGGGCCAGUUCUACAAGAGUGUUAAGAGGAACAGAGGAGGCACCAAGCAUGAGAAAGAGAGCUCUGCAGAGGACUGCGGAGUCAGUGACAGUGAGCUGAGCUUCAGAGAAGACCAAAUCCUCUCAGAACUGGGCCACAACAGGAUAUACAGCAACGGUGGUGAGGUGGCUGGUGGACAACUACUGAAUGGUAGUUUCUCUCUGGAUGGGACAGGACAAUCCUAUCAGGACUUGAGGGAUGGAAGUCCUUAUGGAAUCCCGCAAUCUCCAGCUUCCAUAUCAUCUCUUCCAUCGCAUACUCCAUUGCUAAAUGGUUUGGAAUACACAAUGGACAAUAAUUUAGGAAUAAUAGCACAUGGAGGGCAGGGGGUGAGCCAGACACUCAGAGCUAUGGCUGGGGGCCCAACAUCCGAUAUUUCCACUGGAAGCAGCGUUGGUUAUCCAGACUUUCCAACAAGUCCUGCCUCCUGGCUUGAUGAAAUGGACCAUCCUCCUUUUUAAAGUAUUCUGCUUCCUUCAGAUUUGCCAUAGUCAGUCCUGUUCUUUUGGCCUGAAAACGUGCUAAGCCACCCCCAAUAAGGGACAACAAUCAAUCUUCAAUGAAAGAAAGUUUCCAUUAUUUUAGAAGGGGAAUCCACAAUUUGUUUUCUGUAAAGCUGAAAGAAAAUACGAUAAUAUAAUGUAUAAAUAUAUAAAUAUAUAUAUUUUAUUUGCUUUGUAUUUGAAAGAGGGGAAUGA